GCUAUCAAUAGCAGCAUGGCAUAUGAAAAUGCAGUGCCUGUUGCAGUCAUCGUAGGCUUUGUCACGUCCAUCAUCAUCCUAGUGCUCAUAUUGCGCUGGCUCAAGCACAAGAACAGACAAAAGGAAGCAACGGAGAAGGACCUCGAGGCUGCCAAAUUGCAUACUUCGGCUUCUGAUGAUGGAGCUUGGGAUGCUUUGACACCGGUGGCGAGCCCGAGGGAUGCUCUGUUCACUGCGAAUGUGAGAGAUGAUGGGAAGGGAAUGCAUGGAUAUGCUGCACAGCAUAAAUCGGAGAGGGAGUGGAGGGCUGCUAAGAGGGCUCAAGGUCAUGCGUGA